CAAGUGUUAAACAACAGUUCCCAGUUCCCUGGAACGUGGGCCAGCAGGCCUGUAGCCACCCUUCCCUUUGAUUGUCAGCCAUCACCAGGCUGCCCCAGGAGAGGCGUUUUGCAUUGUCUGCAGGAUCUCAAGAAUGCAGCUUUGUGCUGACUGAAAGGUAACAUUUUAUCUGGAACAGAACAAAAUGGGAGAUUUGAAAUUUGAUGGAACAGAGCGCCUAACUGUCGACUAUGUGAAGGGAAUUCUUCAACCCACACCCACUUGUGACAUCUGGGAUCAGGUCUGGAACUUCCAAGCCAAGCCUGAUGAUCUGCUUAUUUCUACCUAUCCUAAAGCAGGGACAACAUGGACUCAGGAGAUAGUGGACUUAAUACAAAAUGAAGGUGAUGUUGACAAAAGUCAACGAGCACCUACUCAUGUACGAUUUCCUUUCAUCGAAUGGAUAAUCCCAUCCAUAGGAUUUGGUUUGGAACAAGCUAAUACAAUGCCCUCACCACGGACCCUGAAAACGCAUCUUCCCAUCCAAUUGCUUCCACCAUCCUUCCUAGAGAAAAACUGUAAGAUAAUCUAUGUAGCAAGAAACCCCAAAGAUAAUAUGGUGUCUUAUUACCAUUUCCAAAGAAUGAAUAAAGCACUUCCUGCUCCAGGAACCUGGGAAGAGUAUUUUGAGAGUUUUCUGACUGGGAAAGUGUGCUGGGGUUCUUGGUAUGACCACGUGAAAGGAUGGUGGGAAGCCAAAGACCAGCACCGCAUACUCUACCUCUUCUAUGAGGACAUGAAGAAGAACCCAAAGCAUGAAUUUCGGAAGCUGGCAGAAUUUAUUGGAAGGAAUCUAGAUGAUAAAGUUCUGGAAAAAAUUCUCCAUCACACUUCAUUUGAUGUUAUGAAGCAGAAUCCAAUGGCAAACUAUUCAUCGAUUCCUACUGAAAUCAUGAACCACUCUAUUUCUCCAUUCAUGAGAAAAGGGGCAGUUGGAGACUGGAAGAAUCACUUUACUGUGGCUCAGAAUGAGAGAUUUGAUGAAGACUACAAGAAGAAAAUGGCUGACACCAGUCUAACUUUCCACUUCCAAUUCCAGUAAGGAAGAAAAAGAGCCAAAAGUUUUUUAAUUGAUUACCCAAUUUAUUGGCUAAUAAUCAAUAAAAGUUUAUUACCUAGACCACAGGCUAUUGGAUUUAGGUUCUCAGACUAGAUUUUUAUUGUUUGCUUUUGUUCACUCUGAAAAAAAAACUAUAGAGCUAGCAGAGGUUGGGCAAGGUGGAGGCUGGGAGCAGGAUGGCAAUGUGGAAGGAGAGAGGGUCAAUAAAGUACUUGUCACGACCAA